AAUGCUCCGCCUUGCUCUGGGCUCUGUUGUUGUGCAGAGCUGCAGAAGGCCUGACAGAGCCAGCUAGACAGAGAGGAAAGGGUGAAAUGCAUCGACAGAGACAGACACGCUGUGGAUCGAGAGCCUGUGAAUAGAUUUCAUCACCCGGUUCAACCAGCGACACCAGAGAGGAAGGAAACAAAGAAAAGAGGGAGACAAGAAAAAAGGCGCUUCAGUUAAAGGACGGAAAGUGAGAGAGAGAGGCAAGGUGAAGGAGGAGAAGGAAGGAAGGAAAGGGAGGGAGGAAGGAGGCUCAGACAUGAGGAGGGGCGCCUGACUGACAUUGCUACUCUCUCUAUCAACUCACACACACACACACACAGGGACAUAGGCAGACACACGCAGACUGUGCACUGCACAGUAGCUGCUCUUUUAUCACCCUCUGUGGAGCCUCGUCCCCCAUCCUUUCUUCUCUUUAGAGUGAGAGGACAUAAGACAGAGAGGAAGGAAGAGCAGGAAGAGGAGGAGGAAAAAGACGUGAAGGAGGAGAAGGAGGGGAGGCAGUAACCCUCUCCUCUCCUUUACUCAGACACACAACCGGGGGUGAUAGAGAAGAGCAAAAAAACAAGAGGUGUGGGGGAAAAAGGAGCUUUCUGUUCCAUUUCGCCGUCUCCUGUGGUCCCUCGGCCAGAGAGCGGCUAACAGGCACCGCUCAUGUCCGUGAACUCGGAGAAAUCCUCGUCCCCUGAAAGGCCUGACACCCAGCAGAAAGCCCCGGUGACUGCUCCUCCUCCCCCGCCACCCCCUCCACCUCCCCCUGAGCCGGCUGGGCCCCCAGAGCCGGAGGAGGAGAUCCUGGGCUCCGACGAUGAGGAGCAGGAGGACCCCGCGGACUACUGCAAAGGAGGGUACCAUCCGGUGAAGAUCGGGGAUUUGUUCAACGGGAGGUACCAUGUGAUCAGGAAGUUGGGGUGGGGCCACUUCUCCACCGUAUGGCUAUGCUGGGACAUCCAAGUGAAGAACUUUGUGGCGAUGAAGGUGGUGAAGAGCGCUCAGCAUUACACAGAGACGGCCCUGGAUGAGAUCAAACUGCUGCGAUGUGUGAGAGAGAGUGACCCCAGCGAUCCCAAUAAGGAUAUGGUGGUACAGCUGAUAGAUGACUUCAAGAUUUCAGGAGUCAAUGGGAUACACGUUUGUAUGGUGUUUGAAGUGCUGGGUCAUCACCUGCUGAAAUGGAUUAUUAAAUCCAACUACCAAGGUCUCCCAUUGCCGUGUGUCAAGAGUAUUAUCAGACAGGUCCUGCAGGGCUUGGACUACCUCCACACGAAGUGUAAAAUCAUCCACACAGACAUAAAGCCGGAGAACAUCCUGAUGUGUGUAGAUGACGUCUUUGUUAGGCGUAUGGCCAUGGAAGCAACUGAAUGGCAGAAAGCUGGAGCUCCACCACCAUCUGGAUCAGCAGUUAGCACAGCCCCCCAGCUCAAACCGGUGAGUACAACAGAUGUUGGAAAGAUCUCCAAGAACAAGAAGAAGAAGCUGAAAAAGAAACAGAAGCGGCAAGCCGAGCUUCUGGAAAGGCGAAUGCUGGAGAUUGAAGCCCUGGAGAGGGAGGCAGAGAGGAGGGAAGAGAAGGCCAAAGAGGGAGGGGAGAAGGCGCCGCUCGACCGCAACCUGCCUUCACCGCUGCAGCCGCCGCAACCGCCUCCGGGCCACAGCACGUCCCUGGGAGACAGCGACGAUGACGACGACGAUGAGGAGGACGGAGAGGAUGAGGAGGAGGAGGAGGGAGGAGAGAGGCCCAUCAGGCUGACUAAUCAUACAUGUGCAGCGCCUCCCCAGGAGCAGAGCGAGGCAACCCACAUCACAGAUGAUGACCCUGAUGAGGAGGCGGAGGAAGAAGAAGAGGAGCCUACGCCUGUCGCUGAAAAAGAUGCCCCUAUUCCCCCCGCCUCAGAGGAAGGCUGCGGAGAUCCAACACAAGCAGAGGUUGAGCCAGAAGAGGCAGAGGAGGAAGAGGGAUUAAAAGGGACAGAGAAUGAGAAUGAGGAGGAGGAAACAGAAGAGAAGGUAGCAGAAGAAGAAGAGGAGGAGGAGGAGGAGGAAGAAGAAGAAGAAGAAGAAGAGGAGGAGGAGGAUAAAGAGACAGAGGAGCCAAAGAGUGAGAGCAAAACAGAGCAGGAGGUGGUGGUGGUGGUGGUGGAAGAAGAGGUUUCAAAGAAGCAAGAGGGGGAGGAGGAGGACGAAGAAGAGGAGGAGGAGGAAGAGGAGGAGGAAGAUGAGGAUGAUGACACGGCUACUGACCUCCUCACAGAUAACACCUCCCCCAUCAAACCCCACAACAAUAAAACCAAUUCGGUCAAAACCAACGGCCAUGUUUUGUUAGGCUCUGAGGGACUGAAACCAAACCCAGGCACGCCUCCGCCUCCUUCCCCCACCCCAGAGCCUCUUCUCUGCCCCCUGGUGGAGUCUGAGCUCAGCUACACAGACAGGGACAACUCUCUGAGCUCUGGUUAUGAGAUGUAUAACGGCGAGCUUGGAGAGCCAGGACUCACCAAUGGCUCCAGUGAGCGGCAUCUAGGUACCAUUCCCAUUUUUCCCGACUUGCCUCUGGAUCCCGAGCCGGGAAACACCAUUUGUGUCGGUACGGCAGACAUUGAAGCAGGACCUUCACCCAACAGCCCCACUGCAGACCGCAGUCGCACCGUGUCCUCCUCGAGCACGGGAGACACACCGAAAGUCAGAGCCAGAGCUGCAGAUCUUCUGAUCAACCCUCUAGAUCCGCGCAACGCAGACUCUAUUCGAGUCAAAAUCGCUGAUCUUGGAAAUGCAUGCUGGGUGCAUAAGCACUUUACAGAGGACAUCCAGACGAGGCAGUACCGCUCCAUCGAAGUCCUAAUAGGAGCCGGUUACAGCACUCCUGCUGACAUCUGGAGCACCGCCUGCAUGGCAUUUGAGCUGGCCACUGGAGAUUACCUGUUUGAGCCUCACUCUGGAGAAGACUACUCCCGCGAUGAGGACCACAUAGCCCACAUCAUAGAGCUGCUGGGCUGUAUUCCGAGGCACUUUGCGCUCUCCGGAAAAUAUUCCCGGGAGUUCUUCAACAGAAGAGACCACAUCGCUCUGAUCAUGGAGCUCCUUGGGAAGGUCCCACGCAAAGUGGUCGCUGCUGGGAAGUACAGCCGAGAGUUUUUCACCAAGAAAGGUGAACUGCGGCACAUCACCAAGCUGAAGCCGUGGUCCCUGUUUGACGUGCUGGUGGAGAAGUACGGCUGGUCGCACGAAGACGCCGGUCAGUUCACUCACUUCCUUCUGCCCAUGCUGGAGAUGGUGCCUGAGAAGAGGGCCUCGGCCGGCGAAUGCCUCAAUCACCCGUGGCUCAACUCCUAGCCACAAACACUGAGCAACGCCCUCCUCCUCUUCCCCCCUGCCCACCCAACAGUUAGCCCAAACACCACCCCCACCCUGGUGGCAGCCUUUGGAACCCCGAUGUGGAAAGAAGCUGGCAACAGAUGAGAAGGACCUCCUUAAUGCAUUAUCCCACAUAUCCAUUUCAUGCUUACCUGAAAAUGCUUAACUCCCACAUUUCCUUUCCCAAAAGGAAUGUAAAGACGAACUUGUGGAGAUAAAAUGACAAAAACAAUCAGACUGUUGGAGGAUGAAUGCUGCCCACUUUGGAAAAGGGAGAAGUUGGGCUCUGCCUGAAAGAAAUGUGCUUUCUUCUAUUUUUCUGCCGUCAGGAUGCCGGUCAGUCUCUUACAUCUGUCUGUCUCUUCCUAAUUAUAAUUUUUAAAAAAUCUGUCUCGGGCGAUGGACAGCUGCUGUUCUUCUCAGUAUUUUGAAAGAAAAGUCAACAAGUAGCCUUGAUGCAUUGCUGAUGGCCCACAGCUCCAUCUGCCAUGACCUUUACACAGCCAGGGCCUCAAACUCAGAUGAGUGUGUGUGUGUGUGCGUGUGUGUCUUAUUGAGCAUGUGUGAAAAUGAGCGUACGUGCCUGCGCUUAAGAUCUGCCUACACAGACCCUCGUCUUUUUUCCCCAAUCUAACUUCCUUUCCUAACCAUGGAAGAAGUUCCCAUAUCAGACUCUGAGUUUACACCCUAAUUUCUUCCAAGAAUCCCAAAACACCCAUCUGACCUGUUUGUUUCCCCACAUUGACUCUCUCCCCUUCCUAAAUGAGCGUCAUGAUCCUGCCCGGGGGCUGCUGCAGAAAGCUGGAGGGCAGCCAGUCCUCCAGGGGGCAGCACACUGACAGGAGGACAGAAACAGUGUGUGCUGUGCAAAAAUACAAUCAGUUUAACAAAGAGGAGGACUGCUUGGUCUUUAGAGACUCUUUUUAACAAUGCAUGGAGAAGACUGAAGGAGCAGCAUGAAGGGAUAUGACAAACAAAUGAUGGAUGCUUUGUUUCCUGUUUCAUCACACCUCUUGGACAUUCUGUUAGAAAGAUUUACAUUAGGUUAGGAUAUUUUGGUGCCCCCAUCCCCCCACCCCCAAAAUGAAGGUGGCUACUUUACAGUCUCCUUCUCCACCAGCUUUUGACAUUCCUAAAUCUUGAUCCAUCAUUCCUUGACUUUUAUUCCCAAGAACACUUCUGUUAAUUCCUACUGUGGCACGUUUACCAGAACUUAUUGGUACUAUUCCCCCCUUUUUGCCCUUAUAAAGAAACCCUUUCUUUCCUGAGCUUCUCCAGAAAUGGGAUGGUCACACGGAGGUUGCACUUGUCUUUGUAGAUGUCCUUCAGGGAUUUGAAACCUUUGUAUAUAGAACUGAGAUUUGGCAACACAGCGGACCGUGGACGACAUUUCAACACGCAAGCAUCAUUCCAAAAAAAAAGAAGAAGAAGAAGUUAGAAAAUACAGAGGUGGUUGUUGGCAGAACUUGACUUCCUCUGAUAUAGUGUUUUUUUGUUUUUGUUUGUUUUUGGGUGGGCUGCCACAGCUCAACCCUGCAGGAAUGUUCAGACUGAACUGCACCACCUGGUGGCUGGACGAGAGUACUGCAUUGCCACACACUGCUGCUGCUCUCAGUGCCAACACUCCAAGACGUUCCACUGUAUCUCUCUACUUAAUCUGUAAUGCUCUGUCAAACACACAGACAACCACAAACUCGCAUCAUCACAAUUAGUCCAGUUGCCUAUUUUUUCGCAAUAAAUGAAAACAAAAGAUGAGUAUAAGUAAAUGGUGAGAUAUUUUUAAAAACUAUUUAAUUCAUUUAAAAAAAAUGGAAAAAAAGAAAACUUUUCUCUGGUUGUCGUGACCGUGAACAGAAUCUCGUCUUAUACUGAGGUGAUUGUGUUUGUCUGUUAGAGAUGUUUUUAUUUCUUCUUUCAUUGCAAUUAUUAAUGAUGAUGAUGAUUAUUAUUAUUGAGAGGUUUUGUUUUGUUUUUUUUACACUUUGCACCUCUCCCCUCCCUCCCUACUUGAAUAGUGCUGCUUUGUCCAGGCCCUUGAUGGUGAUGGGAAAAAAAAAAUUCAACAGUUUUGCAAUAAAGGAUUUUGUGAUGAGGUUCUUUUUAUUAUUUUAUUUGGUUUCUUUUUCACCAAAACCUCCUGAACUCACUCUCAGCCAUGCUGACUGUUCUUCCUGAUGACAUUGACAGAAUCGCGUCUUGUCUGUUUUUCAUUGACAGAUUUAAUAAAAUUGUAAAUUAAUGGA